AUGAAUGGAAUCUCAAGGAAAGAGCGAUCACGGGCAUUGAGUUCUGCCACGUUAAAUGCACCGCGGAGACCCAGCCCUGUCACAGCGAGACCUAGGGCUGUAGAGACUUCGCAGAAACGAUCUUUCCAUGCAAGCUCGAGUUUCCGAGCGGUCAAGAAUCCUUACAGUGUACUUGGCGUCGACAAAGGAGCCUCAGCUAGCGAUAUCAAGAAGGCAUACUAUGGAUUGGCUAAGAAAUUCCACCCAGAUACCAAUAAGGACCCGACAGCAAAAGACAAAUUUGCGGAGGCUCAAGCUUCGUACGAAUUGCUGUCAGAUCCCCAGAAGAGGGCUGCAUACGAUCAAUUCGGAGCAGCUGCCUUUGACCAAGGUGGCAAUCCUGCUGGACCCGGUGCCGAUGGCGGUGGCCCAUUUGGCGGUGGCCCAUUUGGCGGUGGUGGUGCUGGGGGCUUUCCUGGUGGGUUUGGAGGAGGGUUUGGAGGAGCUGAUUUCAAUUUCGAGGACUUGUUCAAGGGUUUCACAGGUGGACGACGGACCCGAGGGAACCAAAAUCCAUUCCAGGAGGAGGUGCUCGUCGGCGAGUCCAUAGAAGCGCAAGUGCAGAUCUCAUUCGCGGAGGCAGCCAAAGGAACUAGCAAAACGAUCAACAUACAGCCCAUGGCAACUUGCAAGACAUGCUCGGGAAACGGAAUGAAGCCCGGAACGAAGCGAACGGAAUGCCAGUCCUGCCGUGGCACUGGAACUCGGGUUCAUUUCAUGCAAGGCGGCUUCCAGAUGGCUUCAACUUGUGGUGCUUGUGGCGGUCAAGGGGUGUCUAUUCCAAAGGGAGGCGAGUGUAGGCCUUGUUCAGGAAGUGGAGUGGUGAGGGAGAGGAAGUCCAUCCCAGUCGAUAUUCCUGGAGGCAUUGAAGAUGGGAUGCGCCUUCGGCUCGACCGUCAAGGAGAUGCGCCAGCCACUGGAAAUGCCGUCAAUCCAGAUGCGAGGUCUAUCCGCGGCGACUUAUUCGUCCUCGUGAGAGUGGCUACAGAUCCUAAGUACCGCCGCUCUGGCGCUGACAUAUUCUACACGGCAACGAUCCCCCUCACCACCGGGGUCCUGGGUGGUGAAGUCAAGAUUCCUACUCUAGAUGGCGAUGUAAAGGUCAAGGUGGCAACUGGAACUGCAACUGGGGAUAAGAUCACACUUAGUGGGAAGGGUAUGAAGAAGCUCGAUGGGAGAAGAGGGUUAGGAGAUCUCAAUGUCGAGUUCAAAGUCGCUAUGCCGAAAUACCUAAGCGCAAACCAGCGAACCAUUGUCGAAAUGCUUGCGGACGAGCUUGACGACAAAACGGCAAAGCGAAUCAUGAACGUCGGUCGGUCUAGCCCUUCCGAGGAUGACUCUAAACAUGAAGGAUUUCUGAAGUCCGUUUGGAACAAGUUAACGGACCACGGUAGCGAGGGAGGAGACUCAAAAAAGGAUUCCUCAAAGAAGGACGAGAAGGACCCCAAGAAAAGCCCAAUAGGAGGAAACUCCGCUCAAGAAAACAAGUGUUACUAUAUGAACAUGGGGUAUUUGCAUGGUGCCUAUAAGAUACCAGACCCGAACCGCACCUCAAAGCGCUUCCUUGGCCAAUGCAUCGGUAGAGAGGUCACCUCUCACCACCUACCACCAUCUCCCCGGAACGCGGUUUCUAAAGAAGCUCAGGAGAAAUACAUCGCCGACAAAGGAAACAGACGGAGAUCGAUCGAAGAGUUUGCAGAGCGUGUGUUGAAGGAGGACAGGAUGCAGGCACCCAUGAUUUCAGCGCCUCUGAAGGCGACCAACGAGAUUGACUGGAUACAACCUCUAAAGCAACACAUACGCUCCUUCUAUGGAGAUGAUCCAGAGCGGUAUGCGGAAGAGUGCGCGACGCUGAAUCGUUUGCGACAGGAUAUGCGUGGGGCGGGCAAAGACAGUGCUGCCGGGCGAGAUUUGCUCUACAGAUACUAUGGGCAGCUGGAAUUGUUGGACCUUCGCUUUCCCGUUGAUGAAAAUCACAUCAAGAUUUCCUUCACCUGGUUCGACGCAUUUACACACAAGCCCACCUCCCAAUACUCCUUAGCAUACGAAAAGGCCUCCAUAAUCUUCAACAUAUCGGCCGUGUUAUCAUGUCACGCAGCUAACCAGACUCGCUCCGAGGACUCUGGACUCAAAACUGCAUACCACUCCUUCCAAGCUUCUGCGGGCAUGUUCACGUAUAUCAACGAGAACUUCCUACACGCCCCGUCGACAGAUCUAAGCAGAGAUACCGUAAAGACGCUCAUACAAAUAAUGUUAGCUCAAGGGCAGGAGGUUUUCUUGGAGAAGCAGAUUGCUGAUGGAAAGAAAGUCGGGCUUCUGGCGAAACUUGCAAGUCAGGCAGCCUACCUUUACGCUCAAGCAGUUGAGGGAACACAGGACAAUGUCAACAAGGCCAUUUUUGAGAAGGUGUGGCUCCUGGUUGUCCAGAUCAAGUCUAACUACAUGGCGUCGCUAGCUCAAUACUACCAAGCAAUGGCCGACGAUGACGCCAAUUCCCACGGAACAGCCAUCUCACGUCUUCAAGCAGCAGAGGUAGCAGCUAAAGAAUCUAACAAACUCGCAAAUAGCUUUCCAGGAAAUGUACCUGCAAAUUCGAACUUGACUUCGGAAACUGGGUCUACCUUGGUCGAAAUCACCAAGCGCCAGCUUGCAAACGUCCAAGAAAAGCUGUCCGAGUUAGUCAAAGAUAACGAUUACAUAUACCACCAGACUGUACCUGCUGAAGCCGCACUCUCUGUAAUUCCAAAGCUUCCAGCAGCAAAGGCGAUACCUGUCAGUGAAUUGUAUGCUGGACAAGACAUCCAACGCAUCACUGGACCCGACAUCUUCCAGAAGAUCGUGCCCAUGUCUGUUACCGAAUCUGCAAGUUUGUACGAUGAAGAGAAGGCAAAGCUGGUGCGGGCCGAGACAGAGCGGGUUGAGACGGCAAAUAGCGAAAUGGCUGCCAGUCUUGAUUACCUGAGAUUGCCCGGCGCCCUACAGGUACUCAAAGGUGGAUUCGACCAAGAAUUGACAGCCGACGACGAAUUUAGAAGCUGGUGUGACGAUGUGGCCAAUAACGAGAGACCUGGGUCCACUUUUGAAUUCUUACAGUCAAGUAAAGAAAGUAUCUUGGCUGUCUUGGACAGGAGUACAAAACAGCUGGACAUGGAGGAAAGUGUGUGUGAGAAGAUGCGGUCGAAAUACGAAGGAGACUGGACACAGCAACCGAGUUCCAGGCUGACCUCCACUCUGAAAAGCGAUAUCCGGAACUACAGAGACGCUCUGGAGGAAGCUGCUCGAAGCGACAGCCAGCUAUACUCCAAGAUGCGGCAGCACCAGGUGGACUUUGACGAGAUGAGGUCAGCUGGUGAGAUUGGUGAGGCAGAUGUGCUGUUUCAAAAGGCUCUGAUACAGGUUGGUGGCAGAUCGAGGAAUGUUGGCAGCCCCACUGGUGGAGAGGGCAAUCUUCUUGAUGCAGAUUUUGGGGAUCACGGAAUGAGUGUUAUGGACCAAAUCAUGAAGGUUGAGGAGAUUCUGAAGAAGCUGAACCUGAUCAAACGUGAGAGGGGACAAGUGUUAAAGGACUUAAAGGAGAAGAUCCACAACGACGACAUUUCUCAGGUUUUGAUUCUGAACAAAAAGUCCAUAUCCAAUUACGAAGCACAACUCUUCCAAGCAGAAUUAGAAAAGUUCAGACCACAUCAGAGCCGCCUUCUCUCGGCAAACCACAAACAGUCCUCUCUCAUGAAAGAGCUCACAUCAACUUUCAAUACUCUACUUCAAGAUAAGCGAGUCCGAUCAGAACAAAGCAAGUAUGAAAGUAUCACCCGACAACGAUCGUCCGUUAUGUCGAAAUACAAGCGAGUCUACCAGGAAUUCUUGGAUCUCGAAGCUGGACUCCAAGCAGCAAAGCAAUGGUACAACGAGAUGAAAGAUACAGUGGAUAGUCUGGACAAGAACGUGGAGACCUUCGUCAACAAUCGCAGAUCUGAGGGAGCGCAACUCCUGAGCCAAAUCGAGCAAGAACGAAAUCGUAGUGCCAGUGGCGAGGCAGAUAGAGAGCGUGAGCGCCUUCGGGGACUCAUGGAGAGAAUGUCAAUGGACCCUUCCACUUCCCCAUCGACGAAUAAACCAGUGCGAACCCAGUCGCUUGCUUAUAAUUCGACGUCGCCAUCUACCAGAUACCCUCAGACCAACUUUGCAGGCCAGUACCAGGUCCCGACAUCACCACCUCCGCAAUCAGCUCACCCCCAGUCAGCUCAUCCAUCAUUUGGUGGAGCGCCACCAAACGCCUUUUACCCAAGCCAACAUCAAUCAAGGCCAGACCCCUACGCCCAAAAGGUUACACCACAGCCUCAGGACGGCUACAAUCCAGGCAUGUAUCCACCAGUCUCACCUCCUCCAACCCAAACCACGUUCUCGCAAAGCCAGCAGAACUUUGGACGACCAAUGCACCAGCCACAAGGUCAACCGCAAUACCUUCCCCAAGGCUACGUUCCGCCGCCACCUCCCCGGGGUCCCCCACCUCUUGGCCCUCAACAGACAUUCCAGCAACCUGGCGCGCCUUCUAACGGGGAGCAUAACUACGGAAAUCAACAACGUCCAAACUACUCUCAGCAACAGCAGAGUGGUGUUGAUCCGUGGGCGGGGUUGAAUGCAUGGAAAUAG